UAUUCUGGCCAGUGUAGGUUGUUUUAAAAUGUACGCGUCAUCAUAUUUUGUGUGCCUUGGCGAGCUUUUCGCAUUCCAACGUCCUGACGUUUUAGACAUUACAGAGUAAACAGGAUUCGCGUUUCAACGAAUGUAGUUCCAAAAGUGUCCUGUGACACAUCAAAUACUUUGAAUUCCAUAUGCACAGUCAGCAAUCGAAGCAGCCACUCGGUGAGUGCAUUAAGAGGAUCGGGAUAGAGUAGGGUCCUGUUGCAUUCUUCCGCGCUAUAAUUAGGGGAGCGCUCAGCGGUGACGCAAGAUGGCUAAAGUGGGAUGUUCUGACUGUGACUGCAAGAAUUAGGAUCAGAGCUGUGGAUACAUGCUUCACUUCAUUUACGUUGCCUGUGAUGACCGUGAGUAUUUUUAACUGCCAUUCUCAUCCUGUGUUGUUACCGGGGCUUUUAUAAAAAGGGGUGGGUGCAAGUUUAAAAUGCAGCUCUACAGCAGUGUGUUGACACAUUUCCCUGGAUGUGCUUGUAAAGUUUCGAUUCCUAUAGCAACUGUUCUAGAUAACGUGCCUGUCACUGGUACUUCUGCUACUACUAUUGCUACAAGUACUACUAAGAAGAGUGCUACAGAAAACGGCGAGGAUCCAGUUAAAAACAACGCGUCUGUUGCAAACAUGCCUGCGUUUUGUUAUGAAGCUGUUACUGGCUCAGCGAACAAGCCAGCCUACUUUACCUCUACUGCACAGAUCACGAUUACCACCAGGCCCACUGGAGUGGAAACGUUCGUGCCUGUACAGAUUAUAAAGGACUCGAGAAGUAGCACUGAACCCACGUCGAGAAAUUAUUUCCGAAGCCCCCGGAGCUUCCCUGUCCUGGAAAGGGAGAACUAUACACCAGAGACCGGGUGGCUGGAUGAUGUUAUUGAGAACAUGAAUAACAAAGUGGACGUGUUUGAGCAAUAUCACAUGAUCAACAUAGACAGGAUGCCAUAUUAUGUCAAAGUUUGCGAACCAAAGGAUACUGGUUUGGAAAAAGAAUCCGGCUUUAAGCCUAACAGUACUACCGAAGCGCUAAAUGAUGCGGAGGCAGAGCCCAUACUUUUAAACGAUAGAGGACGCAAAGUUUUGGAACCAGCACAAAGUAUUCACCAAAGUUAUCAGGAUAGUUAUGAAGACAACAAGGAUAUUGACUCCUUAGCGCCUGAAGUUAAUAUCGCACAUUUAGCCAAGCCUGCUCCUGUCGCUGUUGCUGAAAAUAAAACUGACAAAAAUGAGAAAAUCGUACAUUAUUUUGCUGAAGUGGAAAAGCAAAACAAAUACCUCCACGAAAGGCAGAAGUACAGGUUUCACAUCAUCCCAGAUGGUAACUGCUUGUACAGGGCUGUCAGUAAAGCAGUGUAUGGGGAGCAGUCCAUGCACAAAGAUUUGAGGGAGCAAACUCUCCACCACAUAGCGGAUCACCUGGAUGAGUUUAACCCAAUUAUUGAAGGCGAUGUCGGGGAAUUUUUGAUUAACGCUGCCCAGGAUGGAGCGUGGGCCGGCUAUCCAGAGCUGUUAGCAAUGAGCCAGAUGUUGAAUAUUAACAUCCACCUCACUACCGGAGGCAGCUUGGAAAGCCCCACAGUAUCCACUAUGGUGCAUUACCUGGGCGACGAGGAGCCUUCCAAGCAGAGCAUUUGGUUAACCUGGCUCAGCAGUGGACACUAUGAUACGGUGUCCGAUCGACCCUUGCCCAAUCCUGAGUAUGAGAACUGGUGCAGACAGACCCAGGUGCAAAGGAAAAGGGACGAAGAACUGGCAAAAUCCAUGGCUGCUUCUCUUUCCAAAAUGUACAUCGAACAGAACGGCAGUUCCUGAGGAAAAGAAAAAAAAAGAUUUAAAUCAGAAUGUGCAGAAUUGUAACCUUACAGCAAUUUAUUUUAGUGUAUCUGUUUAUAUAAAUAUUGCCUUAACUUAUUAUUAUUUUUCUAAACUGAAUGUUUUUAAAGCAAAGCUACUGAAGGUUGCGGUGCCACCUGCAGUAUAAUAUUAUUGGAACUUUCUUUCCUUCCAUUUUUUAAAAUGCUUUUUAAAUAUAUACAGAAUACUCAACUUGAUUUAAUAUGUACCUAUUCCUAUACAUUGGAGGUAUUCUUAAAACUGAUUCCUAUUUUUGUAAUGUUUGUGUUCGUGUCAGAGAGAAAGAGAGAGUGUGCUUGAUUUGUAAUACCUCUUCUCUUGUCUUAGGUAUGUCAUGGCGUGGAACUGAAUUUCAGUUAUACAGGUCCUGAAUAGGUCUUUUCUGUACCACACUAUGUAACUCGCUAUUGCGUUUUAAAAUGUUUACUCUAUCCCGUAUAAAAAUGGACUGCAGUAAAAAUACUAGUGGCUUACUGCAAUGCAUACUAGGGGAGGUGGCGGGACUUGACUAUUGCAUAAUGUUGCAGUUUACUUAGUUCCCUUUUACGGUUUGCUGGGUCGAACAUUUACAAUUCAGUAACAGUUUGAUUGUGGAGCUUGUUUUGUGUCAUGGAAUACUAUUGUUAAAAUAGUGUGUCUAUUCUAUUGGAAAUCAUUGUGGCAAAUUGCAUCAUUUUCCAAGUGGUUUGCUGGGUCGAACAUGUAAACCUUUCAGACUGAAUGUACUGUGUUUAUAUGAUUUUAAUAUCACUUGGAUGGAAUGAAUACAUUGGAUUGAUAAUUUCAGUGAACUGUGUUUUUUUUUUUUUUUAAUUUAUAUCAUUUUCAUAUUUUUUAGUUUUGUUUAAAGAAAGAACGAAAAAAAACCUGGAUGUGUUUUUAUGCAUAAAAAAUAAUGUUUAUGAUGCAUAGCCAUAAUGUAUUAUUGUUAUUAUUAUUAUUAUGAAUACUACUACUGCUAUUAAUAAGUCAGCUCAUUGGCACAUUUAAAGGCAGAAAGGUGUGUUAACUUGGGUUAGGAGUUAGUGAAUUGUGUCAAUUUGGGAGCUAUUUUGAAAACUUGGACAACAGAUUUUGAGUAAGUCUUUUAGUAUUGAGUCUAAAUCUUCUCUGCUUUUGCAUUUAACUCGUGUUUACACUUUGUUUGUUCAAUUAAACGUGAUUGUUUUAGUUUUCGUGCUUUCAUGCUCCCAAGUUUGCUUUUUAGUUCCAGAGCAAAAAUAGAUUUACUCAACACAAUUUACCAAGUUUUGAAAAUAACUGAAGAUUACAGCCUUUUUAUGGCUGUACAGUACAAAGUACACAAUGAGUCACCCAUUUUUGGUUUUCAGAAUUCCUGGCUAACCUCCUGCAUUUUAUGACUAAUGUAGGUGCAAUGAUAAACUGCAUUUAUACUGUUUUUGUUUCAGGCAACUGGCAUGGGCGAAAAACACAUCAUGGGAAAUAUAUGCCUUACUAUUCUAAAAAAAACAAAAAAAAGGUUACAAAAAGAAAUAGAGGCAGAGGUUUGUAUUUGUAAUAGUGUCCUCCAUUAACAUGAGAAAAAAAGGAAAUGACAAAUCCGUAGGGGGAAAAAUAAAUACAUUUAUAUUUUCUAAAUAUACAUUUUGUGGUGUGAACCAAGAUUAUCAUUUUUUAGACAUUCUCAAGUGUCUUUUUUAUUCUGGUAAAUAAGAAAAUAAAUAAAAACUAAAUAGG